GUCAAUAUCACAUACGACAUAUGUCAAUUUCAAAUUUAUAUCUCAAAAAAGGCCGUUAACCGUAUUGCAAGAAAAAACUACUCAGUUUUGAAAAAAGUGUUAAGAUCUCAAGCAGUUCUAAUUUCCUGUUGCCUAUUAAUGGAAUAGAGUUAUUGAUUUAAGAAACCACAAUGGACGAAUUCGACAACAUUAAGGCGCCUAUGUUUUACAACUUUACAGUUACAGACGACAGCGAUUCUUGUUUUGAUGAACUAAAUGACACCUCAGAUCCACUUGAUGCAACAGAUGAGCAGGAUCAAUGUGAGAGUUACUACUAUACACCAGGUAAAGAGAUGAGGAGAUCUAUGAGUCAGGGAGACGUUCAGUUUCUUGAAGGUGCUUUACAAGGAUUACUGAUAUAUAGAAAUAAACCAGAAAACGGAAACGAUAUAAAGGAACCUGAAUCGGAAAACGGUAGAAAAGAAGCAGAAUCUGAAAACGAUAGGAAAGGACCAGAAUAUGAAAAUGUUAGAAAUGAACCAGAAUAUGAAAACGAUAGAAAUGAACCAGAAUAUGAAAACGAUAGAAACGAACCAGAAUAUGAAAAAGAGAGAAAUGGAGAACAGACGAAUAAGACAGGUGUUAAGGAUUGCUUGAAAAAUCAACCCAAAAAGAAUAUGAAUUCAGCACGUGUUGGCCGCAGUCAGCUGAAACAGAAGGCUGUAAGGCAUACAACAGCUUCCUUAGAUAGACUGCAGGCCUUAUCGAAGCCGAAGUACACGCCCAACCAUCCCGGAAGAGACUACGUUCCGGUAGCGGAAAUGAUCAGUAAAAUCGGCGGUCGCUUCAGAGACUGUCCGGAUUUCAUUAAGAUGAAGGGAGGAAAACUCAAAAAAACCGACCCGCACACCCCGAAAUUGUUGACCACCGGAAGGAACAGACCUGCGCAUAUCGAAAGUGCGGCCCAGAAAGAAGACAAAGAAGUCGCGGAGAUGCAAAAAUUUAAAUUUAAGGCAAAGCCUGUAAAUGAAAAGAUAAUCCACGGGCCAGUCAAAGCCCUCCCAUUAGAAAAGAAACCUACUACGGUGCCAGAACCAUUCCAUCUCACAGAGGUCAAACAUAAGCCGAUCGAGGAGCCUAAAAUGCCAGAGUUUCAUGCGAAACCGGUGCCGAAAUCCGUUCUCGAGGGGCCCAAGAAAAUAGAGGUGCAUCCAAAACUCACUAUUCCCAAUACGCCGCAGUUUAUGAGGAAAUAUCUGCGAGAACACCCGACUAGGAAACCGUCAACAUGUUCCCAAGAAAACGCUCCUAAAGGGAGGCCGACCACUCCGUACCACAAAAGGCGAACCGAACCGGUUCCUUUCAGUUUCGAGGUUCGCGACAAGAUGCUGAAACGGAAGAAAGAUAAGAUGAUAGAAGAGGCGAACGAGGAAUUCAAAAAAGGGAGGGAGUUUCGUGCUCGUCCGAUGCCGAAGGUCAUCGUGGACGAUAAUAGAAAAGGCUUGAUCAGGUCGUCUAAAUCAUUGAAAAGCAGCAGCGAGAGUUUGGAAACUGGCAACGCGCCGUCGACCUUUCGCGCUCGUCCGGCGACGGUGCUCAAACAGGCGCCGUUCGUUCCGAAAAAAGCGUCGUUCGAAGAAAAAGUCACCCGUCCCUUUGACUUCCAGCUGUGCACCGACAAAAGGGCGGCGGAAAGGGAAGAGUUCGAAAGGAAACAAAAGGAGAAGGAAGAGGUUAGAGAGAGGAUGAAGAGAGAAGGUGAGGAAAGACGCAGGAAGGUUCCCUUCCUGGCGAAAUGCGGCAAACACCAUUUUACGAGAUUUUGUGUUUUUUAAUACUAAUUGCAGUAAAAUUAAAGGUCGAUAUUACCGGAAGAAGACGAGCUGGCGGAGCGUCAACGUCGCGAGGCAGUCUUCAAGGCCCAGCCGGUGCGGAAAUACAAGCCGCUGGACGUGAGACCGAGCCCCAUUCCUUUAACGCAGCCCCAAUCGCCGAAUUUUGCCUACAAAAAAAAUCACACGCGCAAAUCGCUGGACUGUGACGAUGAGCCAGGAAAACACCCCGUCAAUGUAACACGUAGAAGACUACACGAUAAGGAGAACGUUAUAGAAUGAACAUGUUACUGCUGUGAUUUUAUCGAGAACGAUUGGGUAUAAAUGACCCUUUUUUUUUAUAAAGAUGUUUUUUUGUGUUAAGUACUUUUCUACAAUAAAUGAUUUUCUAAAAUGGUAUUUGAAAAAAGCUGAAAAGACUACAUAAAAGACGUAUAUAAAAAAGAUAGUUUAUUCUUUAUCCAUACUCUGUUUAUUUAUUCUCAAUUCUCCUCGAUAAAAUCAUCGCAGAACUAAUUAUUAUUAAUAGUUAUUAUUUGUGAUAAUAAUUAUUCUUUAUGCUACUGAUGACUGGAUCGAAAAGAAUUGGGGAUAAAUAACCAUAGGAUGAAUAAAGUAUAAACUAUUUAUUUUUUAUAUGCAGACGUCUGUCUGCGUACCCUUUUUGGACCUCUCUUAAUACCAUAUAAUAAAUCUUACUACCCAAUUUUGUUUACGAUUAAUAAAUCAUUUACAAAACAUACA